AUGGGUUUCACCGACUUUGUCUCUGAUGCCGGCCUGACUCUGGCCGACCACUUCCUGUCCACUCGGUCCUACAUUGUUGGCCACGCGCCCAGCCAGGCCGAUGUCGUGACCUUCAAGGCCUUCCCCGCCGCUCCUGAUGCUGCCAAGUACCCCAACGUUGCCCGCUGGCACAAGCACAUCGCCUCUUUCGAGCCCGAAUUCCCCACCCUCCCCGGUGACUCCAACGCAGCUUUCACUGUCUACGGUCCCGAGACCACCACUCUUCCCUCCAACCCCAAGGACAAGCCCGAGGAGGAUGACGAUGAAGAUCUCUUCGGCUCCGACUCUGAGGAGGAGGACCCCGAGGUCGUUGCUGAGCGCAACAAGCGUCUCGAAGAAUACAAGGCCAAGAAGGCUGGCAAGGUCAAGCCCGCCGCCAAGUCUAUCGUCACCAUGGAGGUCAAGCCUUGGGAUGAUGAGACCAACCUUGAGGAGAUGGAGGCCAACGUCCGCGCCAUUGAGCAGGACGGCCUCGUCUGGGGUGCCUCCAAGUGGGUUCCCGUCGGCUUCGGUAUCAAGAAGCUCCAGAUCAACCUUGUCGUUGAGGACGAUAAGGUCUCCACCGAUGAGCUCCAGCAGAAGAUUGAGGAGGAUGAGGAUCACGUCCAGUCCACCGAUAUCGCUGCCAUGCAGAAGCUGUAA